CAAAAAAGUCAAAAUUUUUUGAAAAUUUAACUGUAUAUAGAUAACACUAAUAUAAAAAUUUGGUGAAAAUUUCAAGUAUUUACAGUGAUUAGUUUUUGAAUUACAACCAUAUAAAAAAAUGAUUUUUUGAAAACUGUUGGAAAAUGUUUACUUUUCACCUCUAAAAUGCACCAAGGAUAUCCACUUUGCCUUCGGAAACCACCCCCAAAGUUUGAAAUUGAAGCAUUAUUUCGACUAGUUAUGCUGUACACAGACACAGACACAAAAACAAAAAAACUAAAAAAAAAACACACAUCAAUACAUUCAUCACUCCGUUCAGAAUCUAAAAUGAAAAAAAAAUGUGGCAAGUACGUAAAUUCAUCGUAUGCGAAAAACGAUACUUAGCAAAUUAGCAAAGACUGUCAACUAACCUAGGUUAUAAUAAUAAUUUAAAUACUUAUUUAUAGUAUUUAUACAUCUAAAUUUGUUUAAAAAUUAGGUAUUGGUCAAACACAGUUAUUUGAAUUUUCUGCAGCAAUUGAAAUACCUUGUAUGUCAAAUACAACCUUUUCUAGACUUCAUAGUUCGUUAAGUAGUAGCAUUCACAAUUUAGCAUAGGAGGAAAUUCGUAAAGCAGGUGAAGAAGAGAAAAAGUUAGCUAUUACUGCUGGAGACGUAGAUGCCGAUGACGGAAUUCCAUUUUGUACUGUAGUUGCUGAUGGCCAAUGGUCAAAACGCAGCUACAAAACAAAAUAUGAUGCUUUAUCUGGUGUUGCCACCAUUAUCGGAUACAGAACAAAAAAAAUUCUAUUUAUUGGCAUACGGAAUAGGUUUUGUAUAAUAUGUAGUCGUGCUAAAACCAAAAAUGAAACUCCCACGAAUCAUAACUGCUUUCUUAACUGGAAAAAAUCGGCAACGUGUAUGGAAGCCGACGGAGUCGCAGAAGGGUUUUUAAAAAGCAUAGAGUUGCACGGUUUGAAAUUUAAUAAGCUUAUCGGAGAUGGUGACAGCAGUGUUACAAAAAGGUUAUGUGAAAUAUUGCCGUAUGGACCAAAUUUUCUAGUUGAAAAAAUUGAGUGUCGUAACCACCUGUUACGCAAUUAUAUACAAAAAUUAACUGCAAUGGCUAAGAAAACCAACUACCCCAUCGAUUUAAGAAAAUUUGUUUUAAAUAAUCUAAUGAGAUUUCGCACCGCUGUUGUAAAAGCUAUACGAUAUCGUAAAAAUGAAACAACUUCCAUAAAUACUAAAAUUACGGGUUUAUCAAAAGAUUUGUUAAACAGCCCGUAUCAUGUUUUGGGCCAGCAUUCGAAGUGUGAUACUUAUUUUUGUAAUAAGAAAAAUCUUAACGAAGAUAUUUGGGUCAAACAUGCCGAAAUGAGUGGAAUGAUGAUAGAGAUGAAUAAUAUAGUCAAUAGAUUAGUUAUAAAUUCAAGUAGUCUGAUGGUAGAUGUUGACAAUAACAUAUGCGAACAAUUUAACAGCCUAAUUAAUAAAUACAUUGGAGGGAAAAGGAUAAAUUUGUCACAACGCAACAAAUAUAAUACAAGAAUUGAAGCUGCAGUAGUAGCGUUUAAUAUAGGGUGA